GGAGAGAGAGAGAGGCUGCGGCAUCGUGGGUCGGCCGCCAUUCGUGGUAUUCGCCGCCGGUAUCUCCGUUUGUGGGUCAACCGCCGUUCGUUUCAUAUACCUCUGUUACCGCGGAUAUAGGCCACCGUAUAGCAAAGACAUCUCAACGGAGUUCCCUCAGUGCCCAUGAGGUGUUUGACAAAAGUCCCCACUGAUAAGAAAGUUGAAGAAAUUAUUAUUUCUUUUAAUUUGAUCACAAGGUCCAAUUAACAUUGCGCUUGGAAAAUUUUUGAGGGGAAUAAAAUGGCAUGGGUAUUGGUUGUUGCUUCUCUGGUAGUGCUCUGGGUAGCAUCUCUCUGUAAAAUUCUCUAUACAUCAAGCUCACCUUCCCGGAACUCAUUCUUGACUACUGGUGGGGCUUUUCAGAAAAGGAAUGUCUUGCUGGUUGUUGCUCACCCAGAUGAUGAGUCUAUGUUCUUUUCUCCAACAAUAAGCUACAUUACUGCUAGAGGGCAUAAUCUGCACAUAUUGUGCUUAUCAAUCGGUGAUGCAGAUGGCAAAGGGAAUAUAAGAAAAGAAGAGCUCUAUCAAGCUUGUGCAAUUCUCAAGGUUCCACUUCAACAAGUGAAGACUCUGGACCAUCCUGAGUUGCAGGAUGGUUUUGGCAGGGUUUGGAACCAUACUUUAUUGGCUAAGAUUAUUGAAGGGGAAAUUAAUAGUCAUGGCAUUGACUUGAUUAUUACUUUCGAUAGAUAUGGUGUUUCAGGUCAUUGUAAUCAUCGUGAUGUGCAUUAUGGAGUACGCAAGCUCUUGCGCGAUACUCCACAAGGAAAUAUUGAGGCUUGGGAACUUGUCAGUACCAACAUAUUACGCAAGUAUAUCGGUCCAGUUGAUAUCUGGUUUUCCAUUUUAGAUGCCAUGCAGCACUCAGGUGAAGUGAUGCAUUGCUUGCUAAAUGAGCAUCCCCAGAAGAGCUUCCUCGCAAUGGCACAACACUCAAGCCAGUGGGUUUGGUUCCGCAAGCUUUUUGUAGCAUUUUCCAGUUAUACCUAUGCGAACAUGCUUAGAAGGAUCGAGUGUAUUUGAAGUUACAGGAUUGGAGAAUAUAUGGAUUAUGAGGUCUGUUUUGAAUAUGAGUAUCAUUGGUAAUGUUUUGUAUUUAUCCAUGGAUAUAUUGCCAAUUUUAUACAUGCGUUUGAAUGUGCUUCAUGUGCAUCAGUCUCUUUUCUAGCACAAUUUUUGGCAAUUGAAUAGAAGGCUCUUCAGUCAGGACUCAGGUGCACAGUGCCAGGCAACUGUAUUUUGUCAUAUUUUUACUGAAAUAUCCCAUCCUCUUUGAAUGACUGGGGUGAACGAAAAGCAGGGGAGAAAAAGAAGAAUUUCACAAACAAAUUCUGCACUAUGUUUAGGUUACUUGAAAUAGUUUGGUCGUAUAUCACAUAAAACUCUGUGUUGGCAUGCAUUGGUUUUUGUUUUUGGUUUUGGAAAAUGUAUAGGAUUAAUUUUGAUUUGUGCUAAUUUCUGAGUGACCCAAAAUAAUGCUUCUUCAUCGCUUAUAAAGCAAUAGAUGCCCACCUCUUUUUUCAA